UUGCAUCACAAUUGAUGCACAAAAAGGUUUUAACUUGUUUCGAGCUGUGUUAACAUCUUAUAAAACGUCAGGCCCUUUUGCAGGAUUUAAAAUGGCCUUUUGGAAAUUUUUCGGACUUCCCGUGGUUAGGGCUGAUGAGGAAGAAGAAGAUCUUGUUGAUCCCCAAACAGCUCUUAGGGAUAAGUGUCAGACUAAAGGAAAUAUUGAAUCCUUGUACAACAAAUAUCAAGAAUGCAACGACCGUGUUAAUGGACGUUCGAAAACAACCGAGAACUGCAUGGAGGAACUGUUCGACUAUGUCGCUGAGUUGGACCACUGCGUAGCUCAUAGCCUUUUUUCGAAGCUCAAGUAGUUGACAAUAUAAUGUAGAAAAUAUUUAUUAUUGUUCCGAACCCUUGAGUAAAACUGUUGAAGUUUUUAAGUAAUUCA